AUGGACAUUGAGCGACAGGGCAAUGACGCAUCCAAGGCCGUGGGAGACAGCUCGAACCGCGACCCUUCGAUUCGAAGCAACCAUGCAGGAGAUAUUUACGACCUCGCCACCGAAAAGCAUGCAGAGAACGGGGCGAAUUCUGUGCCGAACCUGCAACGGAAGCUGAAGAGUAGACAUCUGCAGAUGAUAGCAAUUGGCGGUACUAUUGGAACAGGUCUCUUCAUCGGCAGCGGGACUGCCAUUGCCCAUUCGGGACCCGUCGGCGCUCUUAUUGCUUAUAUCUUUGUCGGUACCCUUGUCUACUCGGUCAUGACAUCUCUGGGGGAGCUAGCAACUUAUAUCCCGAUUCCUGGCGCGUACAUGACAUAUGCAUGCCGGUUUGUUGACCCCAGCCUGGGCUUUGCCAUGGGCUGGAUUUGCUGGUUCUCCUGGGCAAUCAACUUUGCCCUCGAGCUGACUGCCACCGGCCUCAUUAUCCAGUACUGGGACUCUUCAAUCCCAAUAUCCAUCUUCAUCGCCAUAUUCUGGGUUGUCGUCAUUGUGCUGAACCUUAUGCCGGUGAAUUUCUACGGUGAAAUGGAAUUUUGGCUUUGCAGUAUCAAAGUCAUAACCAUCGUGGGAUUCCUCAUCUUCGGUAUCUGCAUCAAUGCCGGUGCUAGCCCGCAAGGCUAUAUUGGUUUCCAUUAUUGGGUUGACCCGGGGCCUUUCGCCUCAUACUUGAUUACACCAGGGCCGACUGCAAAGUUCGUCGGCUUUUGGGCUGUCCUUAUACAGGCCGGCUUCUCCUACCAGGGCACGGAGCUCGUCGGCCUUGCAGCUGCAGAGGCAGAGAACCCUCACAAGAGUGUCCCCUCCGCAAUCCGUAAGAGCUUUGUUCGGAUUUUGCUCUUCUUCGUUGCGACCAUCUUCUUUAUUGGAAUUGUGGUACCGUCUGACAACAAGAGCCUGCUAUCUGGCGCGACCGAUGCCUCUGCAUCCCCCUUCGUGAUUGCUGCUAAGCUAGCCGGCGUCAAAGCCCUGCCCAGCAUUAUCAACGCAGUUCUACUCACAGUUGUGCUUUCUGCCGCAAACUCCAAUGUGUACAGUGGCAGCCGCGUGCUAGUUGGGUUAGCAAAGGAAGGGCUCGCCCCUAAAUGGGUGGGAAAAACAUCGGCUCGAGGUGUCCCAUACUACAGUGUCGGUAUUACAGUUGCCUUUGGCCUGCUGGGCUUCCUCAACGUGUCCAGCUCCGGGAGUACUGUCUUUAACUGGCUUCUCAAUAUCUGUGGCGUGGCAGGCUUCAUCACCUGGACCACGCUGAAUGCUUGCCAUAUCGGCUUCAUGCGCGCACUGAAAGCCCAGAACAUGUCUCGCGAUCUGCUUCCCUACAGGGCGAUGUGGCAGCCAUAUCUGGCGUGGUACGGACUCGUUUGCAAUAUCGUCAUCAUCCUCACGCAGGGCUUCACCGCGUGGGUGCCGGAUUUCAGCGUGUCUCAGUUCUUCGUGGCAUAUAUUAGUUUGAUCUUAUUCGUCAUUCUGUAUCUGGGCCACAAGCUCAUCUGUCGCACACAGUUCGUCGAGCCUCUUUCUGCCGAUUUAUAUACCGGGCGUCUGCAGGUCGAGGAGGAGGCCUGGGAAACCACUACGCCUGCCAGCUGGUAUGGUAAAAUGUGGAAAUCGAUAAAGAGUUGA